AUGGAUCUUGAAAUCACGAUACAGCGUGGACUUGUGACCAAAAUUUUUGCAUUUUGCUAUUUAUCUGCUUUUAUUUCGAACUACGUGCAAAUUGCAGGACUUUGAGGCUCAGAUGGAAUUUUGCCAGCAAAAAUAGUAGUUGACCAUGCUACCGCAAAUAAUUAUCAUCUUCCUUUUUUAUAUUGGGAUUCCUUACAUACCCGAGAAAUAAAAUGGUUACAUUGACAGAAGAAGGACUUUAAGGUGCAUUCCCUAUGGAUCAGGUAGGACCAAUUCGGAUUAACUGAAAACAGUGCUUUUCGCUUUUAAAGAGGGCUUCUGGUUUGGGGAUGCCGAGAAGGGAAGAUUUGCUUCUCCCCAAAGUUUUCCCUCUCCCUGCCAGAUGUGCUACAGGUUUUGCCUCUCACAUAGUCUUUGCUUAUCGGGACUAACUAGGCACCCCCAAGAGGCGGCUCUAGCCUAGGGAGCUAAUCUUUAGAAUAGGGCGGGUCUACGCCAGAUAGCCAGGCUCGUAAUUAAUCCACUUAUUGUCUUAAAAUACUUAACUUAGCUCACAUAUCCUUGAUUUUUUGAAGUCAAUAUUUCCAAUACUUUUGGAUUUUUCUGACACUGAUACGACAAUGUACAUUGUAAAUUUUAUAUAGAUAUGCAUGAUUGGGAUCAUUUUUUCAAAUCUUUGUUUAUUUACCAAUAGAUUUAAUAAUGCGGUCUCUUUUAUGGUUCUUUGGGUAUGUUUUUAUACAUUUUUUUCAAUUGGUAGAACAUUUUUAUCGUUUCAAUGGGAUAUUUUAAUUAUAGAAUCAGGCUUUUUAAUGAUAUUUUAUGCUAGGAUUCCAAUAUUCCAAAGCGCAGAAAGCACUAGUUUUAUGCAUUAUAUUAAUACAGAUAAUGCUUAACGUCCACUAAUGGGUUGAUAAGGCCAGAACUUCCUCCUUUUUACAUUAUUAGGUCCAAAGAUUGUUAGCUUGACCUGUUUUGAUGCACCCUAACAUGUUUCGAAUAAUUCUGCUGCCUUCGUACAUAAAAAUGGCGGCCUAAGCGUAUCCGAUCUCUUGACGCAAUUUAUCAGUCUUAUGGCCAAGGCGAACUCGCGAGAAACCAGCCGAUAUUCAGGGCUGAAAUGGUUUAUGAUAUCCGAGUAGGUUUUUUGGAUUCGGUUCCUAUGACUUGAAAGGGAUAGCCUGGGAGCGCCCUUUGGAACUCUAAAGGUGAACCUUUCUGCAAUAUUAGGGCAGCAAUAAGGACCAAGGAAUUGAGCUUCUUUUUACCUGUAACUGCUGAGGUCGGCAUCCAACACCGCUGAACUUCAGGUUCCUGGAUCAACUACUAUCCAAUUAGCCUGCAGCAGGUCUGCAGAAGUCCAUAGUCUGUCCACUUAAAACUGAGCCCUUAAUUGGGCAAAGAGGAGAGAUACCUCCCUCCUUCACACUCAAAAUGUCCUAGCAAUGAUACAGAUUCUAGAGAAUAGGAAGAUGACUUAAGACCUCGCCGGUCGUCAUCAAUUCGAUCACAAGGGGAUGUGAACAUCGAAAAGCGGAUGAAUCCUUCGGGGUCCUUGGUGACUGUAUAAUCAAUAUGGCACUCGUCAUCUGUUAAUUAAGAUUAAAACUAAGAUGCUAAUGCCUUAAAACAAUUCACUAGUUUUAUACAAUUAUUUGCAAGAGAAAUGCUUAGAUGACUGUCAUUUAGAUAUAUUUUUAGCAGUGGAAAUGUUAAAUUGCUAUCUGAAUGCCCAACUUGAUGGAAUUUAUCUGCACUUUUUUAUCAUUAUGAAACACAAUGUUUGCCUACACCUUUUUCAUGAUAUUUCCAUCAACUUCCUCAUAUAAUUCAAAGAUUAUCUGUCGGAUUUGCUUAUUUUUCAAUGAUUUUUACUUCAAUUUUAUACUACUCUCCUUUAAGAUACCUUAGAAUCUUUGGAGUUUUGAUGCAAUUUUUAGCUCAAAUUUUAAUACUUGCUAGUGGGAAUUACAAUUUUUUUAAUAUUUUGACCAUAGGGCUGUAAAAAUAAAUUAGGCUUAUCGCAAUGCUAGAUGAUUAUUUUUUAUUAAAUUUCAAGUGGCUAAUUAAAUUUUUGGGGAAAAUUUUGGGAUUUCCUGUUAUCGAACUAAAAGUAAAAAGAGAAAAACAUUGAAUAUUGCAUCACCUUUCCUGAGUAAUAUCUAUUUAGAUUUUAUUCUCAACUUUAAUUAUAUACUUCUUUCUCAAUCCUAAUACUCUAAUGAAAGGAAAGCUUGACUGAACUCUUUCACAGCAAAGAAAAAUUGUAAUUUUCAAUCAGUUAAAUCAUCCUUAUUUUCUUUAUGCUCUUUCUUUGGUUCCAAUUUUUAUUAUCAUAAAUACAGGGCGCUAUCUAAUUCACCAUCUAAAGCAAAUCCCUCUUACUCCCCCUCCAUGAGAGAACAAAAAUUUUGUUCGCUAACGAAAGGUGAUUUAAACAAUUUAAUAUGAAUUAUAGGAAUUUUUUUUUUCGAAAUUAAAAAUAUCUCAAUUCGCAAAAAUUGGAAAGCGAAAAUUAAUUUAAAUUGUAAAUUAUGUUUUAAAAUGCAAUUUGUUUAAAAUUCAACAGAAUUAGCGAUAGAUUUUUAUUAUAAUAAUUAUCACUUAUAUAUCGAAAAUGUUUUAUUCGCUCAUCCAGGAAUUUUUUAUCAAAUAAAUAGGGAUUUUACCAAUGCUUUUGUUCGCUCAAAGAGGGGGGAGUUAGCAUUCCUCCAUUAUUAAUUUUGAUAAUUAUUUAUUGCUCAAGUUUAUCACCAUUCCUUUUAGGUAUUGACAGCAAUUAUAAAGGACUUAUUUUGCCUACCCCUAUGAUUAUAGAAAAAUCAUAUGAAUGAACAUCUCCUUACCAAUUAACAAAUUCAUAUGGACUCUUUCGAAGAAUGACUGGGGUCGGUGGCAGACCUGAAUUAAUCAUACAAGGGUCUUAUGACCAAAAAGCAUGAAAAGACUACGAAUUUACAUAUAAACCCCAAAAUAUUACACUCUCACCAAAAAUUAACAUCCCUCAUCAGCCACGUCUUGACUGGCAAAUGUGGUUUGCCGCUUUAGGAGACUUAAGAAACUCUCCUUGAAUGGUUGCAUUAUUAAAUAGGCUCUUUUAUAGUAGCCCAAGUGUGAAUACCUUACUUGAAAAAAAUCCAUUUGAAGAAAAUCCUCCAAAUUAUAUAAGAAUUCAAAUGUACAAUUAUAAUUUUACUACAUAUGAAGGGCAUGAAUGGAAAAAUGGCAAAGAAACUUUUAUAGAAGGACUCAGUAAUGCUAUUUUAAAAAAUAAACCAAAAAAUUGGUGGAAAAGAAAAUAUAUCAGGGACUGGCUGCCAAGCAAAUCUAUCAAUGACACAUUGUUAACGAAUAAUUGGAAACAAUGGGGAUAUCCUAAUCCUAAUAAUAUAAAGAAAAGCAUCCCAAGCAUUCAUCCUAUGCAUUAUGUCCCAGUUUUUGGAAUUUCUUUACUCCUAAUUGAGCGAUCAAAAAAUUUGCACACAGAGGGGUCAAAGUUUUAUUUUAAUAUUUAAUUUUAUAGUAAUUUUUUUUGAAUUUAAAAAAAUCCUAUUUGUAAGAAAAAUCUAUGAUUGAAAUGCAAUCUGCUUAAAAAAAAACUAAAUUAGUUAGAGAAUUAUUAUGUAUAUUAAAAUAUUUUUUAAUAAAAAAUUUUUUGUUUGCUAACAGUGGGUUGUUUUGGGCCAAAAAAGAGAUUUUUCCAAUAGAUUAUUCGCUCACGGUGGGCUGGGGAGUUAGGAUUUGGAAUUUCACUUAUAAUAAGCAGGCUAUUAAUUAAAAGUAAAAGUUUAAAGAUUUAA